AUGAUUAGUAUCGGUGCCCGUUUAGGCACUGAGUUUUUACCGGAGCUGGAUGAGGGUUCCAUCUUUAUGCGGGCCUUUCUUCCGGCGGGUAUUACUAUACAGGAGAAUGCAAAGAUUGCUCCUAAAAUAAGAGCCGUCAUUUCCAAAUACAGCCCCAUCAGGUAUGUGAUUACACAAACCGGCCGUAACGACGAUGGUACCGAUCCCUUCCCGACCAACCGUACAGAAAUACUCGUUGGUUUAAAGGAUUAUAAGCUAUGGAGUGAUACCAUUAGCAAGAAGGAAUUGAUCCGAAGGAUUCAGGUGGACCUCGAACGGAACAUACCCGGAGCGUCUUUUAAUUCCGGGCAGCCGAUCAUUGAUCAGGUGAUGGAAAUUGUGACCGGCAGUGCUGCUGAUCUCGCCAUUUCUAUAGUUGGUGACGACCUGGAAAUGAUGCGGAAAAAGGGCGACAGCAUUGCCAAUAUCGUGCGGGCUACCAGCGGUUCUGCUUCCGUUAAUAUUGAGCAGGAAGGUAUGCAGGCGCAGCUAGCCAUUAAUAUCAACCGGGAGAAUGCGGCGCGGUUCGGUAUUAACGUAAGUGACAUCCAGGCCAUGAUCGAAGCAGCCAUUGGCGGUAAGCCGAUCGGUACCUUGUACGAUGGCACGAAGCGUUAUGAUAUGGUGAUCCGUUACCUGCCGGAAAGCCGGAAUACCAUUGAAUCCAUCAAAAGCCUGCAGGUGCCUUCUGCCUCCGGUGCGCUGAUACCGAUGGAUGAACUGGCGGAUAUAAAGUUUAUAGACGGGCAGACCAAUAUUUACCGGAUCGAUGGGAAGCGGAUGAUUACGGUACGCACCAAUGUAAGAGGACGUGAUCAGGGAUCAUUUGUAGCAGAGUUGCAGAGAAAGAUCAAUGCACAAAUCAAAGUGCCCAAGGGCUAUUCAAUCAUUUAUGGCGGACAAUAUGAAAACCUGGAACGAGCCGGUAAACAGUUGUCAUUGACCAUACCGCUGACCAUUGUCAUUGUCUUUGUAUUUCUGUUCAUGCUGUACAAAAACAUGAAGCAAACCUUUGUGACCAUGAGCUGCAUCCUGUUUGCAUUAUCGGGCGGUAUCAUUGCGUUGUUUAUCCGGGGAUACCACUUUAACGUGUCUGCCGGGAGCUUCCGUUCAAAAGGUUGCGGUAUCGCAGUUUAA